AGUGGGCUCACCCUACCGCGAUGCUUCACUAAGCUGCCGGAAGACUAGCGCCCACCAAGCGUCAUGAAACGCCUCCAUUGCCUUGUUUUAGGCCUUCUUUUCGGUUGGGCGGUAAGCGCCAAGGCGACCGCUGACUCUACCCCGCAACUUCAACUCUCCCCAGACGAGCUCAGACGGAACUCGAUUCGGGGUCUCUUUGGCCUGCCUCAUGAGCCUCCAAAGCAGACACCUGACGUCGAGGAGAAGAGACGGGAAAUCGUCCAAGAUGGAUUUGACCAGAAACCCUUCUCCGUUCUCCACAAAUUCGCAUAUAGAGGGCACAUUGGAAUCCACAAGGGCGACUCAGUGACCGGUCCUCUCCUCGGAUUCCUCGCUUGCCACAAACUCGUCAAAUCGAGAAAGGAUGCUACCCUCUAUGGGUUCAACGUCUAUGGACCAUUGAUGGAGAUUACUGCACUGGCUUCUGACGAGCGUAUGGCCAUCGCAGCUGGUCAGCUUGGGAAUAAUCUCUCUCCAGUAUCGAAGAACUUCCAUAUAGCCAGACAUACGAGGUUUAGCGUGGCAGCAGGAGAUGGACCACAACAUGACAGAGAACAGUCGAUAAUGUACGAAACUACCGUCUUCUCGUAUGACCCAGACGACGAAGAAAUUGAAGCGCAAUGGGUCAACGCGGAUGGAAACUACGUGGACGCACAAAUCGCCCUACACGACAAUCGAAUCUAUUACACAGGUAAUAUCAACGAAUUUCAUGCUUUUGCGGACUCGGAGGUCCAGCACGUCACAUUCAAAUGGUACCCGUCGUCAAAAGCCUAGUAAUUUGGUUUUACACGCUAGCCUGCCAAUAUGUAUUUAUCUCGCC